AAUCUCUUCUGCCUCUUCCGAUUGACAGUAGCACCAGCAGCACCACCCCCCGAUCCAUCGCUAUAAGUUCUCAAGGUAUGUGAAGCAUGAGAAAAAGCGCAGCAGAAAUGGCUAAUACGAUCGCGACUCAAGAUGGCACCUCUACCGCGCUACGAGGGCACCUUCAGCUUCGUCUCUUCGAGGCUCUAUGCCAGCAUCAAGCGAGCCAUCUCUACUUACGAGAAGGAAGAUCCAAAGACCUGGCCAUAUGUCACUCUGUCAACAAUUGAGAAACUUCGCCCGUACCAAGGAUAUCCGGAUCUGCCUACAGGCGUAGCCUACCAACGAGAAGCAAUGAAGCGAUACGAAAACAUGUACACACCACAAGAGCGAGCCACUGCCGCCUCGGUCAACGGUCCCUUGCACCAGCGGUACCCGUACAACUAUGAUCGAUUCGACGAGCCGAAGGAGAAGGUGGGUAUGUCGGGGGCGGAGUAUCGGAGCUACAUGGGCAAUACUACUCCAAUGCCGUCUACACCACGAGUGCGUGAAGAAUGGGAGCAAGAAAUUCCCGACAGCGCAAUCGAUUGCGACACGCCUUCAGCAGGACGCAUGUCGAGCUUAUCCCCAACCCCAGCCACCCGAACCCAUCCCCACUCCCUCUGCUCCAACAAAAAAUGCACAGACACCCGCCGCGAAGCAGCCAGACUCCGAGGCUCCCUCUUCGACAAAGACUCCCAACUCCUAAGCUGCCAAAGCGAUCUCAAGGAAUACGAGACAACCGAGAAGCUGCGACGUCGUGCCUUGGAAGACGCCGAAUACGAAGUCGAGAAGGAGAAGCAACGUGCAGAUGUUGCGGAGAAGGAAUGCAUGCUUCGUAUGGAAAGUAAUAUUAGGUUACAUCAGCGCGUGAGGGAGUUGGAAGUCAAGGUCAAGCAGGCGCAGGAUUUGGAUAAGUAUUGUGUUGAGUUGGAGACGGAGAUUGAAAGGUUGAAUAGGGUGCAAGAGGGAGAGAAGGGGGGGUAUGUCGUGCUGUCGGGUUCUGAGGAAGAUUCUGAUGAUGGUGAUGAUAGGCCGCGCAAGAGGAUGCGGUCUGAGAGUUUGUAGUGGGGAUAAGGGUUCUUGUAUGACUGUCGCGGUCGCGCUCUCGCGAUGCACGACUGCCGCGG